AUGGCUACAAUAGUUUGCCACGGUUUACCUUCAAGUCUUGAUUCACACCUUGUUGAAUCAAGAAUACACAAUCUUCGUUUGACUUCUCCAAAACCACUCACAAAUCAACCUAUUGAUUUACCUUUCAAAUCCAAUGAAGAUAGUUGGGGUUCAAUUCAAUCACUUUCCAAAUCAACAUAUGUUCAUCCCAAUGUGAAACUUCCAUGGCAGAAACUUAGUUCCAAGAGUUUAGAGCUGUGCACUGAGAAUCUAGGAAACGAAACAGGUGCUGAUAUUUUAGAAAGCAACAUUGACUUUUUCUCUUUAACAAGCUCACCUUGUGAUAAAUUGGAUACAAAGGAGCAAAAGAGUGAGAAAGUGAGAACCAAGAAUUAUCCACCACCUUUGAAGAGUAUGAGAGGCUUAGAGUCUCUAAGAGCGAAACCACAUAGAGAAAAUGGAAGGUUGGUUAUUGAGCUAACAAAAGUUCCAUCAAGCGUUUCUUGCUUUCAAGCCGAGAGAAGUAACGGUCGUCUUCGUCUUUCUUUUUGGAACGACGCGGAUGAUGAACAAGAAUACACAAAUGAAGUUGAAGAGAAUGAGGAGGAAGAGACCUCUCAGAAAGAAUGCAUUAUGAAUAAUGAGAACAAGGAGAGGGAGACCUAUGAAGAAUGCAUUAUUGAUAAUGAGAACCAAAAGGGGGAGACAUAUGAAAUACAGACUCCGACACAGACACUCGAGGUGAGAAUAGAAAAAUAUGAGAGGGAAAGUAGAAGAAGAUGCAAAGAAAUAGGUAAACAUGAAAACAAUGAAAUGCUGGUAAAUUGGGGUGAACCUCUUUGGCUUGCAUUGGUGACUUCAUGA